AAUCUUGUAAUCCUCCUCCCACGGGAUCCACCUUGUCGUGGUGGAGGAGCUUGCGGGCCUUUAACUAGGUCUUACCAAGCGGUCCCAACCUCGGUACUGACCUUAAGUGGUUGGUAUCGGAGCUUCCUCUGGCCUUGGCUGGCUGGAGGUGGCAGGUCGGAGGCAACCUACUCGCGAUGAGCAAAUGCCCUAAGGGAAGGAAAACCCUGACAAAAAACCCCUCAACUCCCAACUCGUCAAGGGGGUCACUUGGCACGGAGGUAGUUACGUGUCAACGAGGAUCCUGCAGAUACCUGGCGCCCUCUGCAGUACACAGCCUUCCCCGUGGUACGCUGCUCUGCCACGGGGUGACCACCCCUUCAUGCCCACUCGUGGGAACUAUAUGGAAACUAAAAAGAAACCAGGACCACCAACUGGCCAAUUGGUGGACGGGAGCCAACCCGUUAAAUUGGACGGCCUGGCAGACGCCGUAAAGUCUGCGACCAAGGAUCGAAUUUCUAAUCGUACUCAACCUGCUCAAUCGUCUAUCAACAAUCAGACCAAUUUCGUAAACAAGCCGAAUUAUUCAUCUCGCGCCGGUAAAAUGGUCAAAGUGUUGUAUGGACGCGACUACAGCCACUACGGCCUAACCAGAAAUAAUAAUGUUACACUGUUAUGCACGUACUUCGCGACUAAUAAAAGGGAUCGUAGAUUCCCUAAUAGAUUCAAACCAAAUCAAAAUGAAACCUCGAGUAAUGACUUCCAUUCAGAUAAACGUAAAUUAUGUACUACUACACCUAUUCAAAAUGAACAGAUUAAAAUACAACCAUAUGAGAAAAAACCAAAUAAAAUCAAUGCGGUUCUCGAAGGUCUAGGUUUUGUGUGCAAUAAUGAUAAAAACAUAUUUACAGAUCGUGCAUCACAAAUUCACUGUUAUAAUAUCAAUAAACAGUAUAAUACCGGAUACGGCAAAAAAACUUAUACUUCACCUGCAAAGUCAAAAAUUCCAGUUCUUCAAAAACCUUUCGCUAAAGUAAAGAGCUGAAUUCUGUUACAGCAUUUUUUGGAGAUUUUCACUGGAAUGCCUAGUAACUGAUAGUUAGGUUUUAUUUUUUUUAAUAAUUAAUUUGUUUUUUUUUUUUUUUUUUGUUCAAAAUUAUUACCUUUUAUUUCUGAAUUUUAUUUUUUUAUUUUUUAUCGUGUAUU